AUGUCGCAGGACGAAAGCAUGGAGACAGACUGGGGAUCUCAGUUCCACACCUUGGAGCACUUUCACCUACUCAACAUUUUCGUUGUGGACGGAAAAGUCGACCCUUAUACGUCCACUACACCCAUCGUCGGACCUGCAGCAGUCAAGGCCGCUCUCUCACACCAGGACUUCAACUUCCCGACGCUAACGUACCAGAACAUGUCUCCGGCGGCGUUCAACCACGAUCCCAUGCGCGUUCGUGCAGCCAUUUACGACGAACAGGCCUGGGCUGCUGUCAUCAUCAACGCAAACGCCACAGCGUUGGCUAUGCUGGCUGUUCAACAGAAAAACACAUCUCAAGUUGGCCAAAUGUGGGCGAGCGUGAUGAUGGAUAUGGCCGCGGAUAACGAUACAUUUCUCGCCAAUCUUCAAGCGGUUCCUCAAGCCCUGAGUCCUGCCAUUGGAUUAUCCACCAUCGACCUUCGACCGUUCUUACCACCUGGGGCUACACCAACCGUCUCCGUUGGAUUAAUCUAUCUUGUCAUAACGUCCUCCUUUACCACGGCCUUCUAUAUGCCCGUCCAUCAGCUUUUUUCUAGCACUUCUUCCGGACACCCACCUCUGAAGAAAUCACAAUGGGUGGUCUACCGCUGGAUCUCCUCUAUCACUGCCUACUUCCUCCUCUCUCUCGCGUAUUUUCUGGUAUCCCUCGCAUUCCUUAUCCCCUUCUCCCUCUCGUCAUUCUCUCACACCUCAGCACCGCCCGAAGGCUCAGGCCACUUCCUCGGUAUUCCGCUGCAAAGCGCAACUCGUUACGGUAAAUCGGGCUUUGUCGUGUUCUGGAUGUUGAACUGGGUCGGAAUGGCGGCACUGGGACUGACGAGCGAGAACGUGGCGAUGGUGGUGGGGAUGCCCUGGAGGUUUUUCUGGUUGCCGUUUUGGGUUAUAAGUAAUGUGUGUACGAGCUUCUACUCCCUCACGCUGGUGCCAGGUUUCUACGGUUGAGGGUACGCCUGGCCAUUGCACAACAUUGUUGAAGCCACGCGUACUAUCGUCUUCGACCUCCACUCCCACCUAGGCCUCAUCUUCGCAUGGUGCGCGGUUAACGCGACGCUCUUUCCAUUCGCUUCCAUGUUUGCCGAAUGGAGAGCCGAGCGACAGAAGAACAAGCAGGAGCAGGUGAAGGAGAAGCUAUGACGAGGUGACUCAAGGAUGGGCCGGAAACAAACACCAUCUUAGGUUGGCUUGGAUAUCUUUACGGUCCUUGUCCAAAAUACCGUUUAUCCAUUGACUUGGUUGG